AUGGAGAUUCGAAGCCGAACGAUUGGCCGUGGCGGUUUUGGUGCCGUUUACGAGGUGGAGGGGCACAGCAAAAGGCUGGUCGUGAAAAAGCUCAACUGUUCUACGGCAGAAUUCGACAAGGAGCUAAAAACCUUGAAGCUCUUGAUGCAUGAAAACAUCGUACGCUUCUAUGAACAGCCAGAAAAUUACCCAACCGACGAUACGAGCCAAUUUUCGAUUUUCAUGGAGUACUGUGAAUGUGGGACGCUUUAUUCAGUAAUCAUCGAUCCCGAGAUUGUCUAUACUGACGGAACAAUUGUUUUCUGGGCUACGGGAUUAUUCGAUGCCCUAAAAUACAUGGAAGAAAAGCGGAUUGUUCACUAUGAUAUUAAACCGGAAAAGCAAGAGAGAGUGGUGCCCAUUGAACAACGUGUCAAGUGUGAUAUCUAUGGAAUGGGACUGGUUGUGUGGGAGGCAAUGACCAGAAGACCUUUUCUACGAAAAGAAAAAUACUACAACCAGGAAGAUCAGCAAGGAAAUACCCCAGGAGCGCAAAUCUUAUCCCUUGUGCAAAAGGCCUGCGAAGAGGAUUUUCAGAAACGACCAACUGCAAGUGAAGUGUUGACGCUGCUCGAAAACCUGGCCAUCAAUAUUGGACCGAACGUGGCUGGCAAAUCAGCC